AUGGAGGAGCAAUGCAUUCAAGACAUAUGUGAGCUUACAGGAUAUCAAAGAGGGGCAUUACCAUUCAGGUACUUGGGGGUACCAAUAUCUGCUAGGAAGCUAUCAAUAACAGAUUGUGAAAUGUUGGUGGAGAAGAUGGCUACCAAAGUCAGAACAUGGAGUACAAGAAAUAUAUCCUAUGCUGGAAGGGUGAUGCUAGUGAAUUCAGUGUUGAUGCAAGUGCACUCAUAUUGGGCUUCCAUCUUCAUCCUCCCAAAAAAGGUAUUAGUGAACAUAAUAGGCAUCUGCAGAAGCUUUCUAUGGGAAGGAAAAGGGAACUCAACCAAAAUGGCAUUAGUAGCAUGGGACAUAGUGUGUAGGCCUAAACAACAAGGGGGACUGGGGAUAACUGAUUGUAUAAUUUGGAAUGAAGCAGCAAUGGUGAAAUAUGUAUGGAACAUAACAAAAAAGGAAGACAAUCUAUGGGUGAAAUGGGUCAACCAUGUAUAUAUAAAGGAUCAGUCGUGGCGGCAAUAUGUACCUCCAAAUGACAGCUGUUGGUAUUGGAAGAAAAUCUGUACCAUUAGGGAUAAAUUUGCUGCUGGAUUUGUGAACAAUGGUUGGCUAACACAGGGGGAAAAUAUACUGAAGUUACUGACUAAGGAGCAACUGCUAAAACUGAAGAUAAGCCAAGAUAGUGGAUGCCUGAUAUGUGGGAACCAAGUAGAAACAGUGGAACACCUGUUCUUUGAGUGCAAAUUAUUAGAGGAAUGCCUAAGAAGGAUGGUGGUAUGGAUGCAGAGAGGGACAACAAAGCAUGAUUUAAAGGGGAUAUGGAGAAGAAUAACUCGAGGAGUUCAUGGGAAGAACUGCAGGGAGUUCAUAACAGCAGUGAUCGCAGCACUAAUAUACAAGAUAUGGUGGGCAAGAAAUGAAGCAUUAUGGAAUCAAAGGGUACCUACACCAAGAAGCAUAUGUGUACAGAUACAGCAAGAAUGUAAAGCUAGAAUAGCACAACUGAUAAACAAAAAAUCUAGUAGGAAGGAGAGGGAGUGGAUAGAUCAAUUGUAUAGGAAACAAUGA